AGUGAAUGAGUGCUACAAAGAGUAAACAAACAGCGCUUUCAUUCACAACAAGACAUCAUUUGAUGCAUUGUAUCGGAAAUGCAAUCAUUUAUUGUCCAUAAAAAUCACUUCAAUUUGCUUUCAAUCCAUCAGUUGUUGAGACACUCGUUGGCGGUGUCCACACAUACCCCACAAAAGCGAUGUCUUCACAAUCACCUGCGGAUCAGUUCAUGGGGUGAUUGGUUGCGAUCAAAGAGUGGCCGCAAACUUGUGGCCGAAUGUCGAGCUAUUGGGCGAACUCUGGCCAACGCCAGGCUAUCGGUGCCCAUUACUAAGACAUGGUUUGCAGAUCCGAUGCUACUGUCCAAUGAUAACCACAACAAGAGUUCAAACAACAAACCAAACGGUAAUAAAAAGUCGGAAACGAAUCGCAAUUACGAUAACGAAGACCAGGAGGAAGACAACGAUGAGCCCAAGUCCUCACUGAUCGCCAAAGCUGUCGUUUGGAUGUUAUCCGGAUAUAUGGUGAUCACGAUUAUGUCACUCCUGUUCCCCAACUCUAACACUCCGGAUGUGUUGAGAUAUGUCUCAUGGAAUGAGUUUCUGCACCAAAUGCUGGCCAAAGGAGAGGUGGAACAGCUGUUGGUGCGCCCGGAGCUCGAUUUGGUGACCAUUUAUCUACACGACGGCGCUAUCAUUAAAGGCAAUCGCGCCGACCAUAAGACAUAUCACAUGAAUAUAGUGAACGUGGCGUCGUUUGAGAAGCGUCUUCGGGAUGCCGAGAGAUACCUAUCCAUCAAACCAGACAAAGCGGUUCCCGUUGUGUACGAACGCAAUCAGGAGAGCACUUGGCUUUUGUUGGUCUCAUUGGUGGCCGUCUCGCUUAUGAUACUAAUUAUGUUCAGAUCCGGACAAAUCAAAACUCCCGUUAAUGUGGACUUCUUCGUGAGUUAUUGUCAUNUCAAUACAACACACAUCAGUAAGUAA